AUGGGUGACUUCCAAAAUGUUGUACAAGUGGAUCCAUUACCUCAAUUAAAAAAUCUUACGGUGGGUGCAACAGUUGGGGAAGGGACUUUUGCAAUCGUGAAGGUUGGCCAGUUAAAGAAGGAUCCAAAACGGAUUGUAGCUGUGAAAUACAUUCACAGAGCGACUUCUCAUUCAAAGGGUGUGAAUGAUGAAAAGAUAGGUAUAGAAGUCAGGAUACAUAAAGAGUGUUCCGGUCAUCCCAAUAUAAUCAACUUACAUAUGUUUGGAACCGAUAACAUUUGGGUGUACUUGGUGAUGGAGCUUGCAGAGAGUGGAGACUUAUUUGACAAGAUUGAACCCAAUGUGGGAGUAGAUGAGGAGAUAGCGAAUUUCUAUUUCAGACAGUUAAUCAAUGCAGUUGAUUAUAUACAUCAGAAGGGAGUCGCUCAUAGGGAUAUCAAACCAGAAAACAUAUUAUUAGAUAAAGAAGGAAACUUAAAGUUAGGUGAUUUUGGUCUAGCGACAGUAUAUCAGAGAAGAAAAUCUAAAAGGUUAUCACACGAACAGUGUGGUUCUCCACCAUACAUGGCCCCUGAAAUUCUAAGUUCAGAUGGGUAUGAUCCUGUUAGGUCUGACAUAUGGGCAUGUGGGAUGGUUCUAUUUGUUCUACUCACUGGACAGAUUGCGUGGCAGGAGCCUAAGUAUGGCAUUGACGAAGAUUUCACUAAGUACGUAGACUAUGAUGGCAAAUUAUUAGAAGCGCCUUGGAACUAUUUUAGUGCUUCAGUUCGGCCACUCUUACAGUCCAUUUUGAAGUCGACUCCGUCUAAAAGGUUUACUAUGCUCCAGAUAAGAUUGCAUCCAUGGGUUAAUCAGAGCAAUACGUUCAUGAACAUAAAUAACCAGUGUAAGGACAGCGGAGUCUUGGCAGAGAGAUUAAUUUCGAGCUUGCAUGUAGGUCUAUAUGAUGAUUAUCUUCAGGAACUCUCGCGAACCAAUAUUUCGAGCAACGAUGUCAAAUAUGUGAGUUUAUCACAACCAACUACAGCUAAUGCGUUCAUGACUAAUAGUUUUGAUGAAUUUGUUCCUGCCACCCAAGAUCCAUCCACUUUCUUCCAAAGAACUGCUCUUCCUGACCAUUCAGAAGAUGCAUACGAAAGAAUUUUGAAAAUCGUUUCAAAGGAUCCUAGUAUACUACAAUUUACUUUGCCACAGCAUAAAAUGUCACAGAUGACCAAAAGUCAAAAUCAUGUCAUUCAAUUCAAUAAACUACAACUUAAUGCUACUCAAAAUUUGACUAGGUUCUUUUCAGUUCUACCAAUAGAAUCACUCACAUCAAUAAUUAAAGACUCUCUCAACAGAAUUGGUAUUAGAACACUGAUUAGUGAUAACCAUGAGAUACAGCAAGAAUUGGCACUGAAAGCAAUAUACAUCAACAUUAAUGCCCUAGCGGAUAGAUCAAAGUUACCUUUAAAGGGUGUCAUUAAAAUUAUGCAAUGUGAUCCACUGCUAUCGCUUUGGAAAAUUGACUUCAUAAAAACCAAAGGUGAUCCUCUAGAGUGGAGACUGUUUUUCAAAAAAGUUACUCUAUUAUCGAGAGAUGCUGUUUUUAUAGAAUAA